GCGUCGUAUGCUUCCGCACGUUGGUCUAGUACGACACAGUUAACAACUAAAUUUUCUUUAUAUCACGUUAAAGUUAGAGACACGGUUGCCUUUCGCAUCUAGUAUUUAAAUAGUGAGGCGAUUUUAGUUGCCACAGCGUAAAGAACGCAGUCCUAGUUUUUGGGCGUUUGAAAUCGGACACCGCUGUAACGUCUCCCCUCAGCGCGGAGGGAUACACUGUUGGGGCUGAACAAUGUGGACGGUGCUAAAAUGUCUGCUCGGAAGAUGAAAUGUUGCAUUUGUAGAGCUCAGUAGGAUUAGAAUAGAACUUUAACUGGAGUAAUAUUUGAGCAGUUGCAUCAUAACGACUCUUCGAACACGGACUGUUCGAGUUUCCAGGGAUAUACGGCGCGUUUUGCACGGCUGUUUUGCGGGACCCGAAUCACGGAGGGGGCGGGGGUGGGGGAAUUUUGUCCCCCAACUUUUCUGUUUUUCCUCACGGACUGAAGCGCGUAUCUCUCCCGCUGGAUGUCGUAUGUUUGAAGCGAGAUACGGAUCAUAAACCUGUUUGAGCUUUAGAAAAAUCUCAAGUGAGCGAAAGAACACGUACGAUCAGGAUGGCAACAGCAGGGACCGACAUGGAGCUGAACGAUCUGCUGGAUUUCACUCUUCUGUUCCCGCAUCAGAUGUCAAAUGGGAAGAGCAGAGGCCCUGUGUUACCCAGCAGUCAGUUUGGACUAGAUGAGAGAAGCGGGUCAGGCCCUUGGGCUCCAGGAGAACCAAACAGUCCGUCCUACACACGGGUAUAUGGAGACAGCACUCAUUACAGUGAGCAUGAUGGCAUGUACAACGUAGGAAUUGACGGUAAAUCUGAAAGAGGCUACCAGUUUGGCACACAGCCGCAGCUUUUGUCAAGUGAAAUUGGCAUCUCUGGUUCUGAUGGUCUUUCCCCUCCAUCCAUGAAAGCUGCUUCUCAGUUCUACCCCUAUAUCACCCGCAGGAGGAUUGGCGAGUCUAAUAUAGAUCAACCACCUAAGAAGAUCCGUAAGGUUCCUCCUGGAUUGCCGUCAUCGGUCUAUCCAGGUGCCACAGGUGAGGACUAUAACCCGGGCAGUACUGGAUAUCCUGGAUCUAAAGCUGGAAACCUCUAUCCGGGAUCCUUUUUUGUGCAAGAUGGCCUUCCGGACCACUGGGGUCCGUCUGGUUAUCCUCCUGUUAUGAGUAACGCACCUCACAUUGGUCAGCCGGCCCCCUUCCCCUCUAUCAACACACAGAAGAGACAGCCUCUGCCGUUGUCACCGCAGAACUACCCUCUGCAUGGCAGCGAGGUGAAUUUACCCUCCAGUUUCCAGUCCACUUCAGUGGGCUAUGGAGUUUCCAGUCACACGCCGCCCAUCAACGGAGCAGACAGCAUUAUGGUUAACAGAGGAGGAAACACAGGAAGUUCUGGUGCUGAGAUCGGUAAAGCUCUUGCUUCGAUCUAUUCUGACAAUAACGGCAACAGCUUCCCCUCGAACCCCUCCACUCCUGUGGGUUCACCUUCAAACGUUGCUGCUUCUGCGUCUCAUUGGCCCAAAAGUUCUUCUCAGCCCGCUCCAUCACCAGGUUUUGUGGCGAGUCUGCAGGCACAGAGUAAGUUGGAUGAUCGUUUGGGUGAAGCUCUGCAUGUGUUGAGGAAUCACGCCGUCGGUGGACAGGGUCUCACCGCAGACAUGCAGAGUUUAUUGACUGCAGCCGUUUCUGGUCAUCCUGCCGGUGCAGCUGCGCUGGGCUCCAUCAGUCAGGCCUUCGGACUAUCCAACCGACUGACGGCCAUGAUGUCCAAUCUCAGUGAUGAUGCAGCAGGUGUACCGACGUCUGCCGCUCAUCUGCAGGGACAUCACGCCCCUCACCAAGCCCCGCCCACUUCACAAUCCGACACUUUUACCAGUCUCUCCAGUGCUCUGCCUCGUUCCUCACACUCCAGCAGCUCAGAUAUAAAGCGAGAAGAUAAGGAAGAUGAUGAGAAUCUGUCCAUCGCUGAUAAAUCAGAGGACGAGAAGAAAGAUGGAAAGAGCCACACACGAACAAGUCUUGACGACGAAGAGGAUGAGGAGGAUUUGCCAAUCGAGGUGAAGCAGGAGCGUGAGAAAGAGCGGCGCGUGGCCAAUAACGCCCGUGAGCGUUUGCGUGUGCGUGACAUCAACGAGGCCUUCAAAGAGCUCGGCCGCAUGUGCCAGAUGCACAUGAACAAUGAGAAGCCGCAAACCAAACUGCUCGUCCUGCACCAGGCCGUUAACGUUAUUCUCAACCUGGAGCAGCAAGUGCGAGAGCGUAAUCUGAACCCGAAGGCCGCGUGUCUGAAGAGAAGAGAGGAGGAGAAGGCCACAGGAGAUCCUCAGAUGUUGUCCGGUCUGGGUGGAGAUGGACACGGCCAUAUGUAACGCUCAGAUCCUGACAGGGAAAGGAAGCUCUCCAUCGACGUGGCCUUAACUUCCUGUUAUUGUUCCAGCGCGUGCACACACAUUCUUGAUUUAUAUAUUAUAAACAGAUGUGUUGGAAGACUCUCAAAUAUACAUACAUAGUACACUUCCUGAGCUGCUUAUCCAGCUCUACACCCACACACACACACACACACACAUCAUGGACCAUUGGUGAUAUCACACUUAAGAAACAGCGUUUAAAGGGCCUGGAAUGCCCUGCUGUUGUGAUUUAUGAAUUACUGUGUGCUGUUAUAUAGCACAGACACGCCGAAACAUGAGCUUUUGUAUUAAACACAAGGUCAAGCUCCACUGAGGGAACAAUUCUUUGUUUUUGUUUUUAAGUCAUGUAUUCAAGUCAACUUUCUUGUGUACCAUUUUCGUGUUUUAAGAUGUAGAAAUGAGACGAAUGGUGACGCCGUUCACUUUUGAUACGCAGCGUUUGUGGUUUUUGCUUUGGGACUGCCACGAACAGGUGAAUCUCACAAAGCCUAAAAAAUAAAAGUUGUUAAUGUUGCAUACAGAAAAUUAUGUCUAUUUUUUGGGGUAUUAAUAUUUUUUUUUUUUGCCAUUUUUUUGUUUACAUAUUUCCACCAAAUUCUCAUUACUGUAAAUACAUUAUUUAAAGUAUUUAUAAAUCAUGGUAAUAUUUUUUUUUACUGCCUUUUAUGCUGAUUAAAGUACAAAUAAAUCGUAUUUCAGUAUUUUUACAGUAAGUUACUGUAAAGGGAAUCUAAUCAAUAUCACUGAUACAGUAAUGAGAAUUUAUGAGCGGAAAUCAUUUAAAACAAAUCAUAAUUGCCCAAAAAAAAGAGGUUUCCUCUAUACGUGUGUGUUUAUGUGUGUAAUAUAUAUAUAUAUAUAUAUACACAUACAUACAUACAUUUUUAUAUACAUAUAUAU